AAGACUAAAAUCUGGCCAAAAACAUUCGAGACUCGGAGGAAGACUCGGAAGAGCGAGUCACUGCCCUAGAAGAAGUCACCGGGAACUUUCGCGCCGAAGCUGUCUUCAAUGGUUCAACCUUUCACACCUGCCUUGAAAACUCCGCUGUUUUCCAACCAUAUGGUAGACUCGAGCGUCGACUGCAAUUUCAUUUCUCAGGUCAACUGUAUGGACUUUCUAUAAUUGUUUUUAUUGCUAGGUCAUGGACUUGAUUUGUGCGAGCAAAUUCAGCGUUUCAUUGUCCAAGCGUAGUCUUUAGCGAAAACAGGAAGGAACAGGGUGUUACUGAGAAAUUUGACCGUGAAGUUUUUAAAAGCCUGUAGGCGACUUUUGAGAAAGAACAAAAACAUGUUGAGAUUUUUGUCAAUAUCUGUGGGUUUGUGUUGAGCCAGUGGGGGUACUUCCGUGAAGGUUUUUGGCAGUAGGCUAAAUUGGCUUGUAUGGUUUUCGAAUCUUUAUAUAUAUGUACAUGCAGUUAUUACCGACUCGAGGCUGGUGGCUCUGUAACUACGCAGGGAGCUAAUUAAUUGAUCUGCUCUGCUAAGAAGAAAUAUAUACUGUGGAAAUUUUGGGACAUAAGUGUUAACAGUUGCCUUAAAACUGCGUUUUUUUACAGCCUCCUCACUGUCUGUUCCUGUAAUAGGAGCUUAGAUAUUGUUAGUGCUUGGUUUGUUCAAAAAGUGGUUAUGAUCUUUUCCUUUGAGAUCAGGCUUUUGCAGUUUGUACUGCAUGGUAUGGUCAGCUUACAUUGCUGUUGUGAAAAAAUGAGGUGAUCUGGUGUUGAGUUUUUUUUAAUCAUAAUAUAUCCAGGCAUUAACAUCAAUAGUAUGUUGAUGACGUGUUGGUAAGCAUUUGAGCAUGUGAAGAACCGCUCAGUUUCUAUCAGUAACACAGAGGACGACCUAUUUUGAACUUUCUCUCAUGUGAGCUGAAACUAUGAAUUACCAGCAAGAGAAGUUUGUGAGGUUUCAGGACUCAGAACCAGAGAGAAGUACCGAGGAACAGUUCUCUAAAAAAGAUGGAGUGGCUUGGGGGAAUAUCAGAAAAACAACAGAAUCAGUCAGUGAUAGGGUUCGAAGAAGUUUGGAAUAUGGUUCUGAAAGGAUUAGUAGAUUGAAAAGAUUGUUGGGAGCCUCUUCUUUUAGUAGAAUUGUGGCUAAAGGCUUGGGUCCUAGGACAACCCUUGACCCACAAGGAUCAUUCCUUCAGAAGUGGAACAAGAUAUUUGUAUUAUCUUGUUUCCUUGCUAUCUCUUUUGAUCCUCUGUUUUUCUACAUACCCGUGAUUGAUAAUCAGAAGAAGUGCCUUAACUUGGACAAAAAGUUGGAAAUCACAGCUAUUGUUUUACGCUCCUUUACUGAUAUCUUUUAUGUUAUUCAUAUGAUCUUUCAAUUCCGGACUGGUUUUAUUUGUCCCUCUUCUCGAGUGUUUGGAAGAGGUGUUUUAAUUGAGGAUGCUUGGGCUAUAGCAAGGAAAUAUUUGUCCUCAUACUUCUUAAUUGAUAUCCUUGCAGUUCUUCCUCUGCCACAGGUGGUUAUCUUAUUUAUCACCCCAAAUAUGGAAGGAUCAGAAUCUCUGAAUACAAAGAAUUUGUUGAAGUUUGUUGUUUUCUUCCAGUAUAUACCAAGGGUUCUUCGAAUUUGUCCAUUGUACAAAGAAGUCACAAGAACUUCUGGCAUACUCACUGAGACCGCAUGGGCUGGAGCUGCAUUUAAUCUCUUGCUUUACAUGCUUGCCAGUCAUGUUCUUGGAGCCUUUUGGUACUUGUUUUCUAUAGAACGAGAAACUACAUGCUGGAGAGAGGCCUCUAAGAAUAAGAAUCAGACUCUGUGUGCUGAUUUGUCAGUUUUCUGUAGAGGUAAUCUUGGAUAUAAAACGUUUCUGAAAGAAUCCUGCCCCAUAGAGACCAAAAAUGCUACAGCUUUCGAUUUUGGAAUUUUCUACACUGCACUUCAGUCUGGUGUUGUUGGAUCAACAGAUUUUCCAAAGAAGUUCUUUUACUGCUUUUGGUGGGGCCUGCAAAAUCUGAGUUCUCUUGGUCAAAACCUUGAAACAAGUACCUAUGUCUGGGAAAUUUGCUUUGCAGUUUUCAUUUCCAUCUCUGGCUUGGUGUUAUUUUCAUUCCUUAUCGGAAACAUGCAGACAUAUCUGCAGUCCACAACAAUAAGAUUGGAGGAAAUGAGAAUCAAAAGGCGAGAUGCAGAACAGUGGAUGUCCCACCGUUUGCUCCCUGAGCCUUUAAGGGAGCGAAUUAGGCGACAUGAGCAGUACAAAUGGCAGGAAACUAGAGGUGUUGAUGAAGACAAUCUGGUACGUGUUCUUCCAAAGGACCUCCGGAGGGACAUAAAACACCAUCUCUGUCUGGCUUUGCUUAUGAGAGUGCCCAUGUUUGAAAAAAUGGACGAGCAGCUGUUGGAUGCAAUGUGUGAUCGCCUACAACCGGUGCUCUACACAGAAGAUAGUUUCAUCGUAAGAGAGGGGGACCCAGUCGAUGAGAUGCUCUUCAUUAUGAGGGGGAAGCUGUUAACUGCAACAACUAAUGGUGGAAGGACUGGCUUCUUAAACUCGGACUAUCUGAAAGAGGGUGACUUCUGUGGAGAAGAGCUGCUCACCUGGGCUCUUGAUCCCCAUCCCUCGUCUAACCUGCCAACCUCGACCAGAACGGUCCAAGCCCUCUCUGAAGUCGAAUCUUUCGCCCUGAAGGCAGACGACUUGAAGUUUGUCGCCUCUCAAUUCAGGCGAUUACACAGCAAGCAGCUCCGCCAUACUUUCAGGUUUUACUCACAGCAAUGGAGAACUUGGGCGGCUUGUUUCAUUCAAGCAGGGUGGCGGCGUUAUUGCAGAAAGAAGCUGGAAGAGUCUCUCCGGGAAGAGGAGAACAGGCUGCAAGAUGCAUUGGCUGAAGGCGGCGGCAACUCACCAAGUUUGGGCGCCACCAUCUACGCUUCUCGGUUUGCCGCCAAUGCUCUCCGCGCCUUACGGCGCACAAGCGGCCGGAGGGCGGCGUUGCCGGGGAGGAUGCAGCCUAUCCUACUUCAGAAGCCAGCAGAACCAGAUUUUACUGCUGAAGAUAAUUAGUGUAUGUUUGUAGUUCAGAGUACUAUAACCUGUCUUGUUUUUCUGUAAUAAAAUGUGAUAUUGAGAACAGUUUCACUAGUGUAUAAGGUGCAUGUGUAUAUAUAUACAUACAUAUAAUUUGUUGUAUUAAA